CCGAGCACGGGAACAAAAUCCAUUGAACUGCCCUCACUUCACCAUUGAAGAUUACUUUGGAAUCUACAUCUCCACUGACUUGACGCCUGAUGACUCGCUAAUCCAGGUUCUGUACGUGCUUCUCGGGCACUCGAUCUUGUCCAAAAUGCCUCUCGACACUAUAUCGACGUAUGCGCAAACGCUUCUUCGACAAGAUGGCCGAAGAUGGAACGAACUGCGGCGCAUCACUGCUUCGAUCUCGACACAGCCCUCCAGCGAUGGUAGCAGUCUGCUCACGAUGGGCAACACCAUGGUCCUAUGCACAGUGACUGGUCCAAGAGAGGGCCGUGGUCAACGAGACAAUACGAAUGCCACGGUCGAGACCGAAAUCAAUGUGGCACCGUUUGCGCAGAUGGACCGUCGCCGACGCAUAAAAAACGACAAGCGCAUCCAAGAGCUGCAAAGCACAGUCUCCAGCGCCUUCCAGAGCCAUCUUUUCACACAUCUCUAUCCUCGGUCGACCAUAUCGAUAUCGCUCCAUGUGCUUAGUUUGGACGGGGCGCUGCUGGCGGCGUGUCUGAAUGCGGCGAGUCUGGCGCUUGUGGACGCUGGUAUCCCCAUGCCCUCGAUCCUAGCAGCCAUCUCUAGUGGAAGUGUCACUCCUGCGGACGACUCGUCGGUGCGACCAGAGCCCAUUCUCGAUCUCAACACUGCCGAAGAGCAAGAAUUGCCGUUUCUGUCCAUCGCAACGGUCACGGGCCAACCUCCUGGCGCGGAAGACAAAGUCUCGGUCCUGAUGAUGGAAUCGCGUUGCCAGAUCGGUGGUCCAAAUAGCAAACUGGAGAGCAUGAUGGUCACGGGCGUCGAUGGGUGCAAGCAGGUCCGCAGAACAAUGGAAGAAGUCAUCAGAAAACAUGGAGCCAAAGUCAUGCAAAGCAGGAAAUAGGUCAAGGAUAUGGACACAAAGACGGCAAUUCGUGAUGCUCUCACUGGCAGAACCGAUUGGGCUUUGACUGGACCCAACUCCACGACACCACACCAGUUGACGAAGGUUCAGGAAGAAGGAUCAAUGAGCUGAAGUCAUGUCGACACUUAGGGCGGCCAGUUCAGCAGAAGAAGAAGAGAACAAACCUGCUGACGGCAGAGUGAGCUCCUGAACUUAAUCGCGACAAAGUUGGCCCGUCAAGCCUGCUGCCAUCUGAUCUUAUCGGCAUCACUACCAGAGCCAGCGUCCUCGAGGUUGACACGGCAAUUUCCUGGACCAGGCACCAGCGCCGACACGAGUAUGAACGACCUACAGCCUGCGACUGCGCCUCCAGUCCAACUCCAGCAGUACAAUCGAUCCAACUGAUUCUCGAAUCGAGGGGGAAAACUACCCCCAUCCUCAUCAUCAAGGAUAUACCCAAGGACACUACUACCCAUCUUCAUCGUCAUCCCAUGCGCCAUUCGCCAUCGAGUCCAUACCUACGACUCCCUACACGACCAAAAAGACAAAUAUGGUCCCACUAGUGCUAUCCCUUUGACUGGCUGGCUGGCUUGGUUGACGCUGGUCCCGUUAAUUUCUCUUUUACCUACCUACCCACAGUACCUUCGAAUCUCCUGUAUCCUCAUGGCCGGAUUGAGACCUACUCUUACAAAAGUCACCAUAUUACGUGGCAAUCAAACCAUGGUAAGAGAAUGCCUCUUUUUGCCAGGGCUUGUAUUGUACAGAGGGUUCAUUAGGCGAAGCUUUAUCUUUAUCCUAGUCCAAUGGUAAAACCACUGGCAGGGUCGAUCGACCCGAUCGAUGGAAUAUCAGGGUCUGAAUUCUACUUCGGAAAUAGUGGCCAUGGAGACAUUCGAUUCCCGUUGUAGGAAUUAGUGAUGCCUCUGGCAUGUUCAGUACCAAUGACUACGGGCGGAGGGCCCUUAACACGGGGAAAUGGAUGUCCCUGAUGAGCCGGUUGCAGCAGCAACAGUAGCCCUGCAAGCACAUUUGGCGCAAACAACGACGCGCAGAGUGACUAGCGCAGAAUGGAGACAGAUCCCAAAAAAAAAAAUACUGGAUCAUGUUCGAUUCUAUGCUCCAUACUUCUGUGUCUGUGUUUUCGACUAAUGGUAAAAGUAGUACGACCCCUUCCAGCCUCUUCUUUGGCUCUUCCUCAGCGGAGCCCCACGGUAGACUUGUCCAGACGGAGUUGCGAGCAUGCUGGUUGCAGUCAGGACUUCAACACCGACUCUGGGCCGUGGGAGUGAUCAACACCCUGUCCUGACGCAGCGCCGCCCACUUCGAAUCGUU